AUGUCAGACGCACCAACUAUCACCAUCGGACACAAAGCCCAUAGACCAACGACCGCCAGAACACAAGGUGAAAUCAAUGCUAACGCCAGAGCUGGUGGUACUGCAGGUGAUCGUAAGAUGGGACAAGCCAACAAAGGUCACCAAGGAACUGACCACCAAAGAAUUGCAAAGUUAGACAGAGAGAAUGAAGUUGCGCCACCACCAAAGAUUUCACUCUCUGUUGGAAAGGCUAUCAUGCAAGGUAGACAAGCAACUGGUUUAACUCAGAAGGAUUUGGCCACACGCAUCUCUGAGAAGCCAUCUGUCAUCCAAGAAUAUGAGUCCUCAAAAGCCACACCAAACCCACAAAUAUUGGGUAAAUUAGAAAGAAUACUAAAGAUAAAGCUUCGCGGAAAGGACAUUGGCGCACCAUUAGGGGGACCAAAGAAGAGCGCUUAA